CAGUCCUAAGUGAUUGCAUGUGUGCUGUCAUGGUUUACAUCACUGACUUCCCUUAGGAACUUAAUUAGUGUCUUCUGACAGUAUUAAAGAUGACUGGGAUCCAGUACCUGGCAUGUCUGUGGACUCUGUUCAUCACACAGACUGGAUUUGUGUGCAGUGACAUUCAGUUCUUGGAGAGGCAUGAGGGGGGAUCUGUGGUUCUUCCCUGUGUAGUUGACCAAAGAAACCCUUCGCCCUUCGGUGUCUACUUGAUGCGCAACUGGCUGAAACCCACGAGUGAAGUGCUGUUCAUGCACACCGGGAACGACGUCAGUGCAGAUAACCGGAUCAGUGUCAGUGGAGACCCGAGCAGCCACUCUCUGAACGUGACCAUCUCUCAGCUGAGUGCCAGCGACACAGACCGCUACUACUGUGAGUUUGUGGCAAACAACCCUUUAGGUGAAGACGACCGAAUACGGGGGAAGACUGAAUUCUUCCUUCUUGUUAAUGAUGAUGCCCUUGGGCCGGUGGACAUUGGGUUGGUGGAGACAUGUUCUGGGGGCUCAGCCGUGCUCCCUUGCCUCCCCCCACACGGGGGGGCCUUGGCCGUGGAAGGGGUGAGUGUGAAGCGACAGAGGGGCCGGGCACCUGUGGAGGUGCUGUACCACUCAAAGCGUCACCAUGGCGGCAGCAGCCCUCCAUCCUCCUCCCUGUUCCCCAUCGAGAGGGUCCACCUGUCCUCGGCCCCCGGUCCCAGGGGCAUCACCUACAACCUGACCCUGCAGCAGCUGCAGCCGGACGACAGCGGCCUGUACAGCUGCCAGAUGCUCCUCAGCGGCGGGUCCGACACCAGCACCACGCUAGGAAGACAAGCACUCUUUGUUUCUGUGCAAGGAGGUCAGUGCGGCUGCUCCAACUACUCCAUUCUGCUAUAUGCUUUGUCCUCAGCUGUGGUCGUUCUCCUCCUCCUCCUCCUUGGAUUUGUGGUGAUUUAUAAAAGCAAAGCAAGCCGCAGCGUCAAGUCACACCCUCAGGUACCCAUUUACGAGGAGAUGACCGGGUUGCAGCCUGUCAGUCGAAAACUGCACCCCCGCCAUCUGGAGGAAACUUCUUCAGAGUACAGAAACUGCUCCGUGAAGAGAUCCGGUACUGAAAACCAUUACGAAAGCCCCAUUGGGGCCCUGAGCCCCAGGAGUGAGUCUUGAAAUGAAAUAUCAGACCUUGUCCCCAGCAUCAGGAACUAGACUAACUCAUCAACUCGGCUGCCUGAAACUCACUGAAUUCCAAUUAGCACUCUGAAGUUUCUCUAACAGAUUUUAACAGACACGUUCACACGUUUUGGUAACAAAGUUAUGUCACUGUUUAUAAUAUUGUUAGUGAACAUGUCACUGUUUCUCACCAGGUCUAACAAACAUGUUGUAAGCAUAUUUUAUUGUUGCAGCCAUUCAUUUAAAAUAAAACUGUUGUUGUGGCAUAUCA